GACGAGGUGUUAUCGCUCUGUUCCCUUUGCCACGCGACGCCGCGUCCGCUCUUUUUUUCCUCCCACCCGAGGGGCCACGUGGGCGCUAUCAGGUUUGUGCUCUGGGGAGCAGGUUGAGCGCAAGUAGAGGCAGGGGAUGGAUGGGGCGAGGGCUGCGAGUAACGCGGAACGGAUCAAACCGAGACUUGGAGCGGGCGGAAGGAGGGGAAAGGGGCUUGGCGAGACAAAGGGGGGCAAGUGGGAAGCGAAGUGGAGCCGAAGGGAAGGAACGAAUUGGGUGAACUGAGUUGUGAAGGGCGAGUGAUAUAGAAGAGAAAUCGCCUGGCAUUUUUGUAUAUCUGAUAUACGGUGAGCCCCACCUGGUCUGGCCAAGUUCCCUGAAUCAGCGCAGGAUCUGAAGACAGUCGGGUCGCUGGCAGGGAAACUUCUAAUUUGUCGCGUUCUUAUUCACUCCCAAGAAUCCAUUAGGUCACCUCCAAGCAACUGACACCAUGAGUGUGGGAUUCAUCGGCGCGGGGCAGCUUGCCUUCUCCCUGGCUAGGGGUUUCACCGCAGCAGGUAGGCAGGCCCCAGUGCUUCCUGAAACAAGAUGUAACAUGAAAUAAACAGUCAAAACUGCUGUCUGCAUGGGAUUCUUGGUAUCAAAGUUCCUUAUUUAUAUAACUUUAUAGUUCUGAUUAAAAAAAUGGAAAUGAUGUUAAAUCCCCAAUAUGCAUAUUUCUCCUCCUGUCAGAUGGCACAACCCUUAUCUGGAGUGAGGUGUUGCGUUCAAGAGAAGUGUCUGGCCUGGGUGUGGGGUGUGUGCUUUUAUUUAUUAUUUGCUUUGUUUAUUAACUCUCUAUAACACCCGUCAUCCACAUGAUCACAAGGUGCUUUACAAUGUAAAAACACAAAAUAAUAGUAUAGUAACAAACAACAACAACCCCUUCCACAGUUUAAAAGGCCAUGGAUUUGUUACUUAAACAAAGUCCUGGGAGAUGAGGAAUGUUUUUGCUUCACACCUAAAAGUAUGUAAUGAAGGUAGCAGGUGAGCCUCCCUGGGGAGAGCAGUCAACAAGCAGGGAGCCACCGCAGAAAAGACCGAUUCUCGUUUUGCUGCCUUUUGGAUCUCUCAUGAAAGAGGCACCUGAAGAAGGGCCUCAGAUGACGAUUGCAGGGAUCUGGGUCAGUUCAUAGAGAGAUGGUCCUUGAGUUAUUGCAGUCCUGAGCUGUUUAAGGCUUUAUAGGCCAAAACAAGCACAUUGAAUUGGGCCUGAAAAUUAAUUGGCAGCCAGUGCAGUCGGGCCAGCAUUGGCAUUAUGUGCUCAGACCUUCUUGUUUUUGUUAGUAUAUUGCAAAAGUCGGGUACACACCCAACUUUAAUCUUAUGCUUCAUUUUUGGAAUGGUAAGCUAAUUAAUGAAAUUCUGCCCAUAAUGGUGUUCCUGAUAAAUAUCAGCCUCUCUGGAAUAACCUGUUCUGCACUAAAGGAUGUGCAUUGUUUAAAAAAUGCUAGCUGCUUAGAAACAAGAGUGGGUGGUGUGUACUGUCAGUUUUCCUUGCAUUUAUUCCUUUCAUUAAAAAUGUUCAGGUUGCAGCAACCAUUGCCUGCAAUCAAAACCUACAAUGGGGAUUCUCAAAGGCCUCCAAAGGAUUAACAUGGAGAAGAAAAAUUCUGUCUCCUUUUGCCAAGUGUCAUUAGGAAUGAAGUAAUAAGACUGGUUACCAAAAAAAAAGGCCAACUAUGCAAAAGUAGGCUUGGUUCAUCUCACAGAUCUGGGAAGCAUAAAGGUCUUAAGGGUGGUGAUUCAAUGUGCAAAUUAUCUAGGCAUUCGCCUAUUGGUAUGCCACCUUCUAGAAAUAUAUGUAUCCAUUCUUUAGGUGGGGGGAGGAUAUAAGACCCCACAACUAACGGUUGCAUAAUGUGAAGGGUAAUGCUGUUCAUGCUAACAGUCUUAAUGGAAGGGAUAUGCUGAAGAGGGAGAAAAUGCUCAAUAGCUGUUGGCAGAAGGCUGUGUUAAAGCUAAAAUUGACCAUUUUUCUUUCUUUCUAGGAGUUUUGGCUGCUCACAAGAUAACAGCAAGUUCACCAGACACUGAUCUCCCUACUGUAUCAGGGUUGAGGGUAAGUGUCAGGAACUAAAAAAUCUAAUAUUUCUUAACCCCACACCCUGUCCUCUCUGCAUGAGGCCACCCUAGCUUUAAAAUCAAUACCAGCACUUUGAGCUGCUAUGCCCAUGCAUUUAAUAGUAUUGGUGUGAUUUGUUCUGAUUGUCACAGCAACCAAAAUUCUGCUGGAUAUUUUUUGCUGACUGCAGAUUCUGAACUCUUCACAUAGAGAACAUUGCAGCUCUUGGUCUUGAUGUAAUUAGGCAUAAGUAACUGAGGCCAUGUUCAUUUAUCCAGGCAUGGCUGCAGUAGGUGAACCAGAUGAAGCUAAUACAAUGUACUGGACACCAAUGUUGCCUGAGUAUUUAAGGAUAAAGCAAAGUCCAGGAGCAUCUCCUAAUUGUGUACCUGAUCUUCUAUGGGGAGUGCAACCCCAUCUAGGAGAGGCUAUUUAGGACACUUCAUUCAUAUUGGCACAAAAACCCAAGCAGUAGUGCAGUUUAGUCUCUGCCUCCCACAUUCACAGUCUGUUUGAUAUGUAAAGGACAAAGUCCUGUGACCUUGAUGGUGACUGUCAGAAUUUUCAGUAAACUAGAUCCUGCCUAAUUCUAGGCUGACCCUGCAUGUCUAAAUCCUGUUGUUAUUCUUGUUACACUUCACCUGUUCCAACUCCUGUAUUCCAGAAAAUGGGUGUGAAUUUCACUCUAAGCAACAAAGAGACGGUUAAAAACAGUGAUGUCCUGUUUCUGGCAGUGAAACCUCCCAUAAUUCCAUUCAUCCUGGAUGAGAUUGGCUCAGAUAUAGAGGAUCGACACAUUGUGGUCUCAUGCGCUGCUGGGGUCACGAUCAGCUCUAUUGAAAAGGUAAAAGACUCACAGCCCUUCUUUUCUGGCAAGUCUUUUCAGGUGAGGCUGAGUGUAGGAACAGGGUAGCCUCUGGACUCUUUUCUGAAGACCAGACUAGAAACUGAUGGUAACAAUCCUGUGACUUGCUCCAGUCAACUAGAAGGCAGGGUGAGGAUCAACCUGUGCUUUACUUUCUUACAGCCCCUCUGCCAGAGCACUUUCCUGCUAGCCAGAGUCACUCCUUAGUAGGUAGCUUAGCUGAAUUAUUAUUUUGUCAUGAUUUUAAAAGCAAGGUUUAGAUGCCCUUUAUUGAAGAAUUCUGGGGUGGUGUAUAGAAAUGUGAAUAAACCUAUUCCAUACGUCAUAGGUGUUACCAAACUAAGUUGUACUCAGAGUAGACCCACUGAAGUUAAUCAAUGUAAGUUUAAAAGUCAAUAUCAGUGGAUCUACUCUGAGCAGUGCCAGUGUGGGGGGGUAGGGGAAGGGGAUCAUUUGAUCUGGGACCUCAAGCUGAAAGGGGACUUUAAAUUUAGACACCUGCUAAUUUUUUUGGCGUCCGUUAAGUUUUGCAACUUGUUUUUAUGUUCAUUGGAUCAAAUUAUGACACAAUUUCUCAGUUUAGAACGACAAAUUUAAGCAAAUGGGAGAUGUGAUUUGGUAAAAGACAUGCAACUUUUUUGUUAACUGAUACAGAUUUUGUCAUAUGCUUAGCAUCAGCAUUGAGAUUGCAUGAAAGUGAGAUUUUUUUAAAUCUUUCACUCUUCUUUUUUUCUUUUGCUGCCUUAUUUUGUUAUCACGUGUCAUCAUUAUUCCUGUGGCUGCGUUUAUUAUGGCUGAGGGGCUUCAAAAGCUGGAAGUGUUCCAGGCCUCCCCAGGCUUCUUAGAGAGCCUGACUCUGUGUAUCAUUGCUUGUAUCCCCAUAUGAAUACAAUAAUAAAAACCACCAGUGAAUAUAAGGCAAACCACAGAAUAAAAAAAGCAGACUAAAACACCUCCAUUGUACUAUUGGCUGCAGAGGUUUCUUUCCCGGACAAGCUCAGUUGCAGAGCACUUUGUUGCCACAUCACAGACACAUUCUUCAUUUUUCACAGGAUGGUGUCAGUGAUGUAUAGCCUCUCGAUGUGAUCUAGAACCCUGAAAAUGGUUAUCUCUGCCCUUUGCUAGAAGAGCUCAUUUUGAAUGCAAGCUGUAUGUUAAAUAUGCUCACUUGUCUCUCCUAUUUCUCUUUUUCUCUAAGAAACUUUCUGCCUUCUGCCCCACCCCAAAAGUGAUCAGGUGCAUGACCAACACACCUGUGAUUGUAAGAGAAGGAGCUACUGUCUACGCUACGGGGACCCAUGCUGACGUAGAGGAUGGAAAGCUCUUGGAACAACUGAUGGCUAGUGUGGGCUUCUGCACUGAAGUGGAAGAAGACUUGAUAGAUGCUGUCACUGGACUCAGUGGCAGUGGACCUGCUUAUGUAAGCACCAUCUCUUCCCUGUAUGAAGCAAAAAGAACUUAUUAGGCAAGGGGGGAUUUUAAGUGCAGAAACGAUGUUUGCGGCAUACUUACAUUUUCACAGAAGGCAGAUCAGCCUGCAGUACUUUUUUUGAUUAGGUACGCGGGUGGCACUGUGGUUUACACCACGGAGCCUCUUGGGCUUGCCAGUCAUAAGGUCGGCAGUUCGAAUCCGCGUGACGGGGUGAGCUCCCAUUGCUCUGUCCCAGCUCGUGCCAAGGUAGCAGUUUGAAAGCAUACAAGCACAAGUAGAUAAAAUAGGUACUACUGUGGUGGGAAGGUAAAUGUUUCCAUGUGCUCAGGCUUCCGUCAUUAUGUCCCGUUGUGCCAGAAGCGGCCACAUGAACCAGAAAAACUGUCUGCAGACGAAUGCCGGCUCCCUUGGCCUGAAAGUGGAGAUUUUGACUGGACUUAACUGUCCAGGGGUCCUUUACCUUUACCUUUUUUUGAUUAGGCAUUUAUAGCAGCAUGUUGAACCUCUAGAACAUCGUCUGAGCUAUGGACUUUUCAGUUGCUUAAUGGAUUUGAAGAUAAACCAAGACCAAGAAUCAGUUAACAUUUGGGAGUGCCUGGUGGAUAAAUAGUCUCAAUAGUCAUAGGCACAGUUUGGAUGGGAGCUGCCUCCAAAAUAAACUUGUUUAUGCAGAGGUAACUUUCAGGAAUAUGAGGUCUGCCUUCCUUAGAGUGUCUAUCCUGGCUUCUUCCUUUUUUCUGGCAGAGGAAAGAUGACACUUAAGAAACAAUCUGUGUUUGUGGGUGGACAAAAUUUUGGCCACUUUGGGGGCCAUACUAUGAUGGUAGGUGGGUGGUCAUGGACCAGAUCAGAUGCUCCCACAUACUCAUUCUCACACACAUGCUCAGUUUAUAUGAGGAGGAUGUCCCUCCCUGUGGCUUCCUCCUCGUAGAAUUUGUACUCCCUCUGCCAAUCUUCCUAUCAGCUGCUGGGGGAGCACAGUUGUUGUAUUAGGGCAGCAUAGGGUAGGAUAUCCCUGCACACCUUUCUUCCCAAGCAAAUCACAUUCCACAGCCAGUCAGGCAGUGGGGAAUUUGGCAGUGGAGGGGCAGCUUGGGCACCCAAGGCAGCACUCCAGGCCUCUGAGGGUUGCAUGCAGCCUGUGGAUUGUCUACCUGUAAGCUAGAUGGUAAAGUCUGUCUCUUCGCCCUGUCCCCCUUGGUUGCAUUUCAUAUCUUUAUUUUCUUGUGAUAACUUCUGUCCUCCUAGGCAUUCACAGCCCUGGAUGCCCUGGCAGAUGGAGGCGUGAAGAUGGGCCUUCCUCGCAGGCUAGCCGUCCGGCUGGGAGCUCAAGCUUUGCUGGUCAGUAUUUCACCUUGUUUGCUGCUUCUUCAAGCUAUGUCCACUCAGCGCUUCUAUUCCAUUUACCUCAAAAGGCAGUAUUUAUGAAAGCACCCUGCACCAUGUUGCUUUCUUCUCUUCUUGUUGCAAUCGCAAGAAGGAAACAAAGGCACUCUGGGAAAGGGCCAGCAGAUGUCUGUGAUGGCGUUGGCUUCAGUCCUGCACAAUGCAGGUCAGGCUUUUUUUGCAAUCUUUUCAGAAUUUUCCAGUUUUUUUUUUGGUUUUAUUUUAAUAACCAUCACUUUAUUAAUGCAGCAAAAUGAGUACUCCCAAGACAUGUGCAAAUGGAUCUGCAUUGCCUGAGAAAAUAGUCCUCUCUGUUGAGGGCAUGCACCUCUGUUUUGCAAGAGGAGCUCUGAAGAGAGGCAAUAACCUUUCACCAAGGAGGAGACAUGGGUUGUGGGUUUUGCAGAUAGGACAUCACUACAGCCGAGAUAGACAACAUGAAGCUGCUCAUCAUCUGUUUGGUAUCUUCUGAACUCCGAGAAUUGGCAAAGCUGAUGAAUGAACAGUAGACAGCAAUCCAGGCACACCACUUUAGCUUCAGCAUCAAGCCACACAUACUGAAAAUCAUUCCCAGUAGAUUCAUGUAGUCUGGUGUGGGGUCUUCCAGGGUAGGGUUAUUCUCUGUGGAUGGAGGUUUGUAUCUGAGAACGCGAUUUGGCCGCCGCGGGUCCAUUACGUUGUUACCGGCCAUCCUGCACCGCCUCUGGCUAACUCCGAGCAGCGCCCCCACCCCUCGGCCGCCGCCGCUACACCAACUUCCGCUCAGAAUUUUCCAGUUUUGAGGCAGGUGUUGCAAUUCUUCUGGUUUGUAUACUUGUGAAUAGUUUUUGAAAUCGCCUUGAGUAUUUCCUUAGAGAGGCUGUGUGUGUGUGUAGCUGCCGCUUCUGAUGAGCUUUUCGACUCAUCUUCUCAAUGCUGCAGGGAGCUGCCAAGAUGCUGUUGGAUUCAGAGCAGCACCCCGGACAGCUGAAGGACAAUGUUUGCUCACCUGGGGGUGCUACCAUCUACGCCCUGCACUUCUUGGAGAGUGGUGGCUUCCGUUCACUCCUCAUCAAUGCUGUGGAGGCGUCUUGCAUCAGGACAAGGUACAUGCCGGCAUGGAGUCUUAAGAGCUGCCCUGCCUUAGCUGAGCCUCCUGAGCAGCUCACAAGCUUUUCCCUCUUCCCCCAACAGGGAACUACAAUGCUUGGCUGACCAGGAGAAGGUCUCCCCGGCCGCUGUUAAGAAGACCUUAAUGGAUAAAGUGAAACUAGAGUCUUCCUCUGCCAACAAGGUCAGCUUAUUCAGCAAAAAGAAUCCUGGCAGCAAGAAGCAAUGAGGAGGCCUGGGCCUUGCCCAGCCAACACUUUCCUUUCCCUUUCAGGGGAAGCAGUAGCUUAAGCCAUUUUUUUGUGGUGGGGCCUAGCCUGGUUUCGCGGCUGCAGGAGAACGGGGUUUUAGCUUCCAGAUGUGAUUAAUUAAAGAGUAGCAGGGACCAGCAUUUCUGGGGGCUGAGCAGGAGGCAGACUGUCACCAGCACCACUUUCCAUUGGGUAGGUGACUGUGUGUACUUCUGACCCUGAGGGAUUUUGCUCCUGUAGUUGUGAUUACGGUGUUUUGUUAUUUACAUCCUCCUCCCUUCCUCCGGGGCACACCCUUUUUGUUAAUCUUUUCAUCAACUUCGUGAACAGUGCUAUUUUUCUAGAAAAAGAGGUUCCAGGACUCACCAUGAACCCCUCCCUCAUUCUUUUAGAAUGGCAAUGGUGCCUACCUGAGAGGUGCCAGAACUGAGUUUCAGAGGGUUUUGGCUGAAAAAAAGCCUUGCUUGUGAGGUACAUUGCCCUGAGAGACAAUGGCUGGCCCAAAGUAACCUGGGGAGCACCAUGUCUAAGCAGAGAUUUUAACCUGGUCUCUCCCAGUCUUUGUCUGUCUUCUGUGGCCGUAUCAGGCUGGUAGACAUUCACUGGUAUGGGCACACUUCUUAUUUAAUAGGCCAGGGACUUGACCCCAGGCAGGCCCUUCAAGUCCUGGCAGUUGUUGUGUAUCCCAUUCUCAUGAAAUAGUGGCUGCUGUACAGUCUGCAAUGCACUCUGGACUUCGGGCUAUGGCGGCCUUAUUUUUUUUUUUGCUCCUCACUGCAAACUGGAUUGCCACUGUUCCCCACACACUGUUUAUCUCACUUUGUAUAGAGGACCCCAAAUUUCCUUGGCAGCUCCACCUGGACAGCCCCUACCAUGCUGCCCACAAUAGUAGUAAAAUAAAAUCUCUCACAAUUUUUCUGUUUCUGCCUCCUUCCAACUUCUCCUAUUCUUGCUAGGACUUUUGCAUUGGCUACAUAUAUGCCGUUCUCCUGUUACCAGCAGAAGUACUGUAGAUGUCCAUAUAGAUUAAAAGUCUGGUGUAGCUCAGCUACUAGAGAAACUUAGGAAACUGCCUUAUGCCAGGCCAGACUCCUUGCCCAUCUACCUCUGUAUUACUUCCAACACUGACUGACAGCAACUCUCCAGGGCAGAGGAAGGGCUUUCACAUUGUCCGCUACCCAGCCCUUUUUAACUGGACAUGCCAGGGAGUUCACCAUGCUCCCCCUGGCUGUUGGGAGUUGUAAUCCUGCAACAUUUAGAGGUCCUCAGGUUCUCCAUCCCUGCUCUAGCUCUAUGAGUAUGGUUUAGUAAUGACAAGCUAGAAUCAAACCGUGGUUUCCAGAUGUGUCAGAACUGGCCUGCUGUUUCACCUACAUUUGCUUGCUUUUUAUCUUCCUUCAAAGGUGCUGUCUUCAUAUAUAGAGAAGAGGUUUUAAAAAUGUGUUUGGGGUUGUUGGUGGUCUUGGGUUUUGUUUUUGUUUUUUUGUUUUGUUUUGCUAAUGACACUUGCUCUAGAAACAAACACUUAACCCCUCUGGGAAGCUUUAUGUAGAAUACCUCAUGAUCCUUUCAAAAUAUGCUGGUUGUUAUUUGUAACUUGUUUACUUCAAGGUGCUCAGGAGCUAACUCCUCAGACAUUCUCUAUUCCUCCUCCUCCUCCUCCCCAGCUCCAACAGAAAGCCUUUGUCCUUCAAGGCUCUGCCCUGCCAGCCUCUUCAUAUGGUAAUGAUUGGAAUAACGAAUCUGGUGGGUGGGUGAAAGAAAUACAGUGGACCAGGGUCACACUUGGAGAUAUGAUAAGACAAUCACCUAAGGAUACAGUAUUAUUUCCUAGAUACUUGCUGGGGUUCCUGCUUCUUGCUUAUUGGAAAGUGUGGAGAUGGGGAGCAUUAUGCUCAGUCUCUCUAGGGGCGUAUUCCACUCCCCACCCCUAUUUUUCUCUGGAGAAUAAACUCUGUGCUUCUCAGCCUGAGACUUGGUGUGUGGGCUGUGUGUUUUAUUACAUGUGUUCCUUGCUCAGAGAGGCCAGAACAUGAUAACUUCUCUCAAGGAUGGGUGUGUGUGUGUGUGUGUCAAUGAUUUAUUUAUGAAAGUGGGGAGACAUGGAUGUUCCACUUAAAAUGAAAAAAUGGUCAGCCUGCCAAGACCACACAUAACACUGAGCAAUACUUCUGUCAACUUCUGAUAAUUUGAAUGGGCAAUAGAUGCAUCAAGAUUAGUACACUUAAUUAUCUCUUUUAAUGUGUGUGGAUAUAGAUAUGCUGUAUACAUACUUUUUCAUUUCACCUGAUGAAGAUCGCUGUGUAAUUGGUAACUUUUAAAAAUACUUCCAAUAGAGACUGCCUCCUCACUUACUGUAUAUUUUUUAAAGAUACAAGUCUUUGGGGAAGUCUGAAGGCUUAACAAGGGACAGGAUCCUGAAUAAAACUUCUGAGUAGAUCCAUUCAAAUAAUGAACUGCAGUUACUUCAGUCCAUUGUUUAGCCUGCAACUGCUUCCUGUUGGUGGAAGUUGUUUUCUUAAAAGUGGAGGAAUUAUAAUCUGUACAGAAUUGCUUUUCGGUGGAAAUUCUUGAAAAACAUUUAUUCUUAAC